ACUCGUCUCCGAGCAGCAAGAGCCCCGGACUGGGCCCCCGCAGAAGACACUCGUCAGAACAUUCCCACCGCUGUCGUCCCAUCCCUCUCCUAGCUCCACCCCAGGCCUGGUAAUCCCGGUCCCCUCUGGUUUAUUGUCACCGGGCCCAGCCCUUCGCUGACCGCAGGCUUAGCCCUAGCCCCUGACCCGCGCUCCUCGCCCGGCAACGCCCCGCGACCCGGGAUGCAGCCGGCGGCAGGCAGCGCGGCUGUCAGGGAGGCUGCGAGCCGCGACGUGCUGGCCGCCGAUCUCCUGUGCAGCCUCUUCGCCUCGGCCCUGCAGAGCUACAAGCGUGACUCUGUGCUUCGGCCCUUCCCAGCGUCCUAUGCCAGCCACAACUGCAAGGACUUUGAGGCCCUGCUUGCAGAUGCCAGCAAGUUACCUAACCUGAAAGAACUUCUGCAGUCUUCUGGAGACAAAGACAAACAGGCCUGGGACCUGGUGAGCUGGAUUUUAUCCUCAAAGGUCCUGACCAUCCACAGCGCAGGGAAGUCAGAGUUUGAAAAGAUCCAAAAGCUGACUGGUGCCCCUCCCGCGGCUGUCCCCGUGCCGGACUUCCUGUUUGAAAUCGAGUACUCCAGCCCAGCGAAUGCCAAAUUUUAUGAGACCAAAGGAGAGCGAGACCUAAUCUACGCCUUCCACGGGAGCCGCCUAGAAAACUUCCAUUCCAUCAUCCACAAUGGCCUGCACUGCCACCUGAACAAGACAUCCUUGUUUGGGGAAGGGACCUACCUCACCAGCGACUUGAGCCUGGCCCUCAUUUAUAGCCCCCAUGGCCACGGGUGGCAGCACAGCCUUCUUGGCCCUGUCCUCAGCUGCGUGGCCGUGUGCGAGGUCAUUGACCAUCCAGAUGUCAAGUGCCAAACAAAGAAGAAGGAUUCCAAGGAGAUAGAUCGUAGGAGAGCGAGAAUCAAACACAGUGAAGGGGGAGACAUCCCUCCAAAGUAUUUUGUGGUCACCAAUAACCAGCUCCUGCGAGUGAAGUACCUGCUCGUGUACUCACAGAAGCAGCCCAAGGGCAGGGCUUCAAGCCAGCUCUCCUGGUUUUCCAGCCAUUGGUUUAUGGUCAUGAUUUCCCUGUAUCUGCUGCUGCUGCUCGGAGUGAGUGUCAUCAACUCCUCAGCUUUCCAACACUUUUGGAAUCGUGUGAAGAGAUAACCUCUCCGGGCCUGGUGUGGGGGCUGCCUCAACAUGUGCCUUCUGAUAACUUGUUCUGUACCUUCUGUGCCCCAUGUCCAGCCAGACUGAGCAUGGGGGCCAACUGGGGACUGCAGGACAGAUGCCAUAAAUGUAUCGGUUGCCUUUGAUGUUGUUCCCAGCCACGCUCUGGUCAGUGGGGACCACUGGUCCUUCAGUCUUUGGUUUCAGGGGAGCCCUUCUGUCUGCUCCUUCCUGAACAGUCCUAGGGAGUCGGUUCUUCUGCCAGGGCCAAGGGAAAAAGCCCUGCUGCAUUGAAAAACAAAGUGUCCAAGCUGUCAGUGAUGUUUACAAUUGCUCCUGGCAGACGUCGGCCCUUUCUCUAAUGCCUUUUGGAAGGUGGAAAAUGUGUAGUGGGGACUAUAAAUCACUAGGCGGUUGCCUUGUUUUGACUUGAGACACCCAAGAGGAACGGUCAUGUUUCUCAUAAAAAUUGAUGGGCUCGUUUUUGAAUUCCAUCAGCCCUUGUGUGUGAGUGCAAAACAUUUUCACAGUUUUCUCAAAUCAACAAACAGCCUUUUGCUACAGCUGUAAACCACCCUACGCCCGCUCAACUGUGGAUGAGAAAGGAAGGAGCCAGAGACCUGAUAAAUAAAUAAUGAACUUAAUGAGCAACUCAAGUCAUCUUUUUCUAAAAAUUCCCAACUGCUGAUUACAGUUGAAAUGGAACCAAAUGUUUGUUUUCUGAUUUAAAAAAAAGAAAAUAGCUAUUUGACAAACUCGUCUUUGUGAGCUAAGUAAAAGGGGAAAUUUCUAAACCUAGAGCAUUAUUUGGCCACUGUCUACAGCCUCUUUCCUGGCCGUGUUUUAGAGAAAGGCUUUGAGCUCAGGCCUGCCUCCUGUUCUCGUUCUCACGAAACUGCCUUGACUGUGGCCUGUCAGCCACAAGUGCCACGCCGCAGGCCUCUGUGGGCUCCAGUCUUCGAGAUGGAGGCCUGCUUCAGUAUGCCACAGAUGCGCAUGGACUGAGCCUCUCUAGAGGGUCACAGGUCUUUGGGAUUCAGCCUUGGCUUUACCUGUGCAGGAAAAGCCUCUGGCAGCCCAGAGACCUGGGGUUCGAUGUGCUGUAUUCUGUGCCCCUCCUUCCUGCCCUGUUUCAACCAUAAUGGUGCCCUAUAUGAUGGGGGCAGAUUUCUGUAAAGAAGGUGUAUAAUCAUUUUUCUAUAAUUUGUGAAGUUGUGAAAAAGUCACUAAAGUGCUUUUUACAUUGAAUAUUGGAACAUUUCAAAUAUAAUAAAGGUAUUUUCCUAAUUA